AUGGCUUCCGCCGAACAGGCCCAGCAGACGGGCGUCAUCCUCACAACCGCCCUCGCCAGUCUCGUCACGGGCUACAUGUUUGGCAUCUUCACCGCGAGAGGGUACCUCAUCUCGCCUGCUCUGGCAGAGGAGCGCCGGAGAUACCACAACGACCCUGUCGAGAGCGAGGAGAGCGACGUGGAUGAGGACGAUACGCUGCUGGACCAUGCGCCGAACUGGGCCAACGGACUCGAUGCGGAUAAGAGACAGGGCCUCAAGUUUGGCGAGUCGGGCGCUGCGGAGAGGAAGAGCUUGAUGAUGGACAGUAGCGAGGAGUGCAAGCUGGUGCUGGUUGUGCGGACGGAUCUGGGCAUGACAAAGGGCAAAAUCGCUGCUCAGUGCUCACACGCUACCCUCGCCUGCUACAAGGCCCUCGCCCGCGCCGACCCGGCCUCCCCCGAACGCAAGGUGCUCGCUCGAUGGGAGCGUUUCGGCCAGGCCAAGAUUGCGGUGCAGAUUAAGAGCCAGGCCGACAUGUUGGAGCUGCGAGGCAAGGCCCGUGCUAUGGGACUUACGGCAGAGGUCAUUCAGGAUGCUGGACGGACGCAGAUCGAGGCGGGUAGCAUGACGGUGCUGGGCGUUGGUCCAGGCCCCAAGAGCUUGGUGGACAAGGUGACGGGACACCUCAAGUUGUUGUGA